AUGCCUGAACAACGGAGAGUUCGGCCACCUGCAAUCUUUCCCCAAUCGUUCGCCGGCCGGUGGUCACCGACGGCUACCCGCAUCGACUUCUUCGCUUACCCCGUGUGCAUGCGGUACUCCGGCCUCUCCGUUUCUGGUCCUAUCGUUUGCAUCGUUUCUGGGCCGGGUGAUUGGAGGACAGCGACUGGCAGAGCCGUUGUCCCCGACGUUCGGGUCCAGACCUACCGAAGGGGGAGGGCGGCAGUUGGGGAGCGUGGGAAACAACACCCCCCCGCUACCAUCGAGUUACAAAUACCAUCCGAGCGAUCUGGCGCGUUUGAACCCAGACUCUUUUCCUGGGCCAGAUUGGCAUCGGUGGUUUUUGGAGGCUUUGCCAAGCGCCGUCGUCUCUAUCCUGGCCGAACAUCAACACCACAGCAACAAACGUGGGCUCCGGCCACAAGGCUCGAUCCCCCGGGGUGCCAACCCCGACGUCAAGACACCGUCUAG